CCAGUCCUCAUUCUCAACUAAAAAAGAGUCCUCUUUGCUUAACACACAAAAAAGUAUCCGUCUUCACACGAAAAAUUCCCACCGGAGCGCUUCAAUGGAUAACCGAAACGUCGUCGUCUGUGACAAUGGCACUGGGUAUGUUAAGUGUGGUUUCGCGGGUGAGAAUUUCCCCACAUCGGUAUUCCCGUGCGUAGUUGGAAGGCCAAUGCUGCGAUACGAAGAAUCUCUUAUGGAACAGGAUCUCAAGGACAUUGUUGUUGGAGAUACUUGUUUAAAGUACCGGCAUCAAUUGGAUAUAUCUUAUCCUGUCAACAAUGGUAUUGUGCAAAAUUGGGAUGAUAUGGAACAUGUUUGGGACCAUGCUUUUUAUAAUGAACUAAAGGUUGAUCCAAAAGAAUGUAAUAUUUUGUUAACCGAUCCACCUCUAAAUCCAUCUAAAAACCGUGAAAAGAUGGUUGAGACUAUGUUUGAGAAAUACAACUUUGCUGGUGUAUUCAUCCAAAUUCAAGCUGUUCUAACAUUGUAUGCUCAAGGUUUACUGACGGGACUAGUCAUUGAUUCUGGUGAUGGGGUCACUCACGUGGUUCCAGUAGUCGAUGGAUACUCAUUUCCUCAUCUUACUAAAAGAAUGAAUGUAGCUGGACGCCACAUAACAUCAUAUCUUGUUGAUUUGCUUCUUAGAAGGGGGUACGCGAUGAAUAGAACUGCUGACUUUGAGACUGUUAGGGAUAUCAAAGAGAAGCUCUGCUACAUAAGUUAUGAUUACAAAAGAGAAUAUCAACUGGGACUUGAGACUACUAUCCUCGUAAAGAAUUACACACUGCCAGAUGGAAGGGUCAUUAAAGUUGGCACAGAGCGGUUUCAAGCACCUGAAGCUCUUUUUACUCCGGAACUCAUAGACGUUGAAGGAGAUGGGAUGGCUGACAUGGUAUUUCGUUGCAUUCAGGAAAUGGAUAUCGACAAUCGAAUGAUGCUCUACCAACAUAUCGUUUUGAGUGGAGGAAGCACGAUGUAUCCUGGAUUACCUAGUCGCCUAGAGAAAGAAAUUUUGGAUCGCUAUCUUGAAGUUGUUUUGAAGGGAAACAGAGAUGGGUUGAAGAAACUACGUCUGAGGAUAGAGGAUCCACCACGAAGAAAGCAUAUGGUGUAUCUUGGAGGUGCAGUUCUUGCAGGAAUCAUGAAGGAUGCACCUGAAUUCUGGAUUAGCAGGCAAGAUUAUUUGGAAGAGGGAGUUGCUUGUUUAAGCAAAUGUGGCCAGGCGUAAACUUUAUCAUUUGUUAGAUUUUAUCGCCACUUCAUUUCCUCCCUAACAAAAGCAUAAGAAGAUGAACAACUCCAUGUAUCAUUGACAGAAGUUGAGUUGCCAUUGAAGAGUAGCUAGGUAAUGAGCCAGUGAAAUGAACGAGGAAGCAUUUGCAGUGAUGUAGCUUGUAAUUGAUGUAUUUUUUUAUAUUAAUUGAAAAUGAAAGGUUUUUUUCCUUUUUUUUUU